UGCACAGUGAUUAUAUUGCAUAGUGUUUGGAUUAUAGGUCGUGCAGUUUCAUUCUACAGCAACAGAUACAUGCCAUUCUGCAUUUAUGAUUUAUAAUUCAGUCAAUGGAGGAUUUUCGGCUUGGACUCCAUGGAUAAAAUGUUCGGAUACGUGCGGAGAUGGGACCAGAAGCCGGUAUCGGCUUUGCAACAAUCCCCCACCACAGUACGGUGGGGCUGAGUGUAAUGGGGACUUGUCUAGCUUCGAUGCAUGUUCUAUACAGAAGAUAUGCCCAAAUAUUUGGUGUUACCAGUGCAAUAGCAGUGAUAACAAUCACUGUCACAAAAAAACUUCGAUGACUCCCAGUACGAUUACAACAAAAUAUACAUUGCUCCUGACAGACAAGCAUGUGAGAGAUGCACACAGGGAAUCAAGGAUGGCGUCUACCACAGAGGGUGUACAUCGUCCGCAGAUGAAUAUGGAUGUUCCUUUGAUUUUUGCAACCAAGCCUCCUGUAUGAACACGGCAGCGUUCCUUCUGUUUAUGAAACUGUAUUUAGUAUAUAUCUUGCUUUGAAAUAUACUUCUUCAAGAGGUAGAUACAAUAAUAACAUGGAAACUACAGAGACAGCCCCAGCAGCUAACAAUUUUAUAGAAAAUCAUCACAACUUUAAGGACUUUCACACACUAAAAUAAAAACGAUAUAGAAAAAGAAAACACAGCAAAAAGAAAGCUGAAUACCUUUUGCAAGACAUUUGCAUGCAUCUCUAAUUAAUAGAUGACUACUCAUUUUCCAAUGAAUUAUUGAAUUGUUAUGCUUUUUGUUUUGUUUUGUUUUCAUCGUUUUUCAUUUCGUUUAACUUCCUGGUUUAUACGACGAUACAAUCAAGAAGAGACUGUAUAGAAACAUGAUUUUAAAUCGGCGAGCCUGAUCGCAUAGAUGUGUUAUGUAGGAUACAUUUGAGGAGUUGGCACUGUUUAUCCGCCUUGAUUUUUUGGUGAUGGAGGUGAUUUCUGUAUCUGCAGCAAAUUGUAUAAAUGUUUAUAUUAAGAUAUAAGUUAACACAACUAUUUAAAGACUGGUCAAUAUUAAUCAAAUAUAUCCUAAUAUACCAAAUUGUCGUUUAAAUGUUCUUACCUUACUAAAGAUAACCUGUAGACGACUUAUCCUUUACACUUGUUUCUGUAGUUUUACAUUUUGUAAUAGCAAAAUGAAACAAAAUGACGCAACCCGAAACCAUUAUGUGUACAAAAUACGUAAAAAAUUAAUCAAACGUGUGGAAGUUUUAUUUAUUUCACUGUGCAUGUAUGGUCUUUUCUACUUUCUGGUUUGUUUGCUUUAACAUGCAUAUAUUAUAUAGACAAAUGUAUUUAUGAAGCUUUUAGUUGUUCGGGUAAUUUUUACAAAGUAUUUUAAGAAAGUAUUUCAAGAAAGUCAGUGUAUCUAUCUCAAGGACUUUAAUCAAUGCACUUUUUUUGAUAGGAUUAGUAAAUUCCAGAGUAUAAAUAAACUAUGUAG